AUGGUAGUUGUUAGCACCAGCAGCAGUGCAGAGCCCAAAGCAACAUCACCCAUCGAACCUUGGAGAGCCGCGCUCGACGAGAUCAUUGCCAUCCAAGAAAGCUGGGGAGAUGACAAAGAAUCAGAAUAUGCUUCCAUCAUUCUCAAAAUGCUUCUCUCGUUCCCUGAAAAGGGGUACUUGGCCACUCUUGAAGCUUCACUCCGCAUAGGAGCAGAUUACUGGGCCAAGUACCUCCCUUCGAGGACGGAUCCUCUCAACAUGCCUUACAGAUUGGAAGACAAAGGCUGGCACAUGUAUCUUUAUGGGCUUUAUGAGACGAUUCUCGAACAGGCGUGGCUGUUGCGUUAUGACGACCCUCGUCAAGACUGCUUAGUGCACCUCAUGAUCGACUUGCAAAAGCUGCCCCAGGUAACUUACCUGAGCCAUGGUAGAGAGUGGAUUGCAUACCAUGAUGAUACAGCCUGGGGGGAAAGGACCGAGGAUAAAUGGAAUGCAAAGUUUGCAUCCGACCGAGCUGAACCGACCAAACCUGAGGCAAAGGAGGAUUUCAUCCUCAUUUGCGAUGAGUGGGUCAACUAUUCCUGUUUCUUGGCUCGGUUUGUUGGCUCCAAAGCACACAAUUCGAAUGAAUCUUCCACGAAAUGGCCGAGUAUUGAUGUGGAGCUCGCGCUUGAGAAGCCCCUCCCUACUGGAAAGCUCGGUGAAUGCAGACUGUUGGUGGCGUCCAAUUGGUUGAUUCACGCCGGAAAGACCAUCUACGAGGACAUGAAAAAGUCGGGCACAGAGAGGUGGGGCCUAGGCAGAUGGGGUCGCUGGACGGAAGUAAUUCGAAGUAUCCUGGAGGCUGGAGGGCAGACGGAUGAAGUGACCGCAAGACUACAAGCAGCCUGGGAUACGAUCCUCUCGUUGGACCCGAAUGCCAGUGAACUUAAGGGAAGUAGCAAGGUUAAGGAGAGCGGUGAGGUUGAGAAGAGCAGCAAGGUCAAGGAGAGCAGCGAGGUCAAGGGGGUGAAGGAGGACAGUGAGACGAAGGACGACAUCGAGAUGAAGGAGGAGAGCCAGGUUAAGGAGAGCAGCGAAGUUGAGGGGGUGAAGGAGGUGAAGGAGGGCAGUGAGGUGAAGGACAAUAGUGAGGUGAAGGAGGACAGUGAAAUGAAGGACAGUAGUGAGGUGAAGAAGGAUAGUGAGAUGAAGGACGGCAUUGUGAUGGUGGAGGGCAGCAAGGUUAAGGAGAGUAGUGAGGCAAAGUUGGGCAGUGAGGCGAGAUAG